UGUGAUGCACAAGUACACACGAGUCACACGCACUCGCUCACUCACCCAACGUCAAUAAACACACUCAGAUGUCUCACACUUUCCCUCGACGCCAUCCUCAUGAUUCAUACGUGACGAACGUGUCUUGAUGGCCACCAGAUCUGGAACCAUCAAGAUCCGUUUGCCACCCUGGGAUCAAUGAGAAUGGCACCGAACGACGGCACUGGAUCAGAUCACCAGACAGACACAGACACACAUACUACUAUAUAUUUACAGACGUGCCACCCGUAGGCACGGCAGCCGUCGGGUGUGUGUACGCCCCGCUUGCGCGUACCUACGACGUACACCUACCUCUCUACGCUCUCAUUCUACAGAUACAUACGAGUUACGGAAAAAUCCAGUUACAAGGAUGCCCCCUCACUCCCCUCUCUUCACAAAGCCUACACCAACACCGACCGACACUCCCAGCGCUCUCAUCCGUCUGUCUGUCUGUCUGUCGAGCUGCGAUACAUUCUUAUGCACACAUUGCUUCACGUGAGGGCCUUCCACGUGACGCCCUUGAGCUUCUCUGUGGUGCGCUCCAACACACCGAUAAUCGCAUACUUGCGAACGCCCUUUACGAACACCUCCUGUGGCCGGCCGAGCACACACAUACAGCACAUGUGUACUGUAUGCGGCAGCCUCUCUUGUGUGCAUCUGUGUGUGCAGACGCCAACCCACUCACUCACUCACCCAUGCGAUGGACAUGUACUUGUCGAGGGCCAGGUUGUUGCGCCCAGUGAUCAGAAUCGGCUCAUUCACAACUGCACACACGCUCACACGCACAUAUGCCAUUCAGCCGGUGUAUCUCUCUAGCUGGCCGUGGGUGGGUGGUGUUGGGUUGACCUACCAUUCUGUUCGAAGUACAUGGCGCGGCCGAACCCCUGGCCUGGAUUGCAUUGCACGCACCGACGACAGAGAGCAAGAGAGACACACAUACAUGCGACCAAUGCUGCAGCGUCAUUUUGUCAGCUGUCUGUCUGCUUGUGUGUGUGUGUGUGUGUGUGUACCGCUGCCCCAGAUGUGCGGGCCGUGCCUGUAACAUAUUACAGAUAAACACGAGGACGGGAGCACAUACAUGAAUGGAGACCCCGACCCCCUCCUUAUCCCUCCGUCGCCUCUGACCAGUAGUGUUCGAGGAGGUAUCUGUGGUAGUUGUUUUCCAUCUCCAGUCCGUUCCGCGGGUUCCCACUCGUCAGGAAGUCCAUUGUCCCAGGGUAGCCCUCCACCGGCUCCAGCCGCACCUUCUCCAUGAAGUGGUAGAAGUCGGUCGUCGGCCGCAAGUCGAGGGUCAUCUUGGAGGUGCCGUAUAGUGUCUGGUCGGAGCCCCAGAUCUCCAUUUCGCCCUCCCAGGUCUGCUCGCACGGGUCGUAGAGGAACGGCUCGCGGCCCUCGACCUCCUGCUCCUCGAGCAGCGCCUCGAUGCGAUCCCGAGUCUUGUUGGUCGUGUCCGAGUAGUAGUCGUCGGCACGGAAAUACAUACCCUGAAAUACAAUACAUGGGUGGUGGUGGUGAGUGAGGGAGAGAGGGAGAGAGGGAGUGUGAUGUGUGGUGUGGUCGUGUGUACCUACCGUGAUGGCGUAUUUGAGAGUGGGUCCUUCGAACUGUAGGUUGCUGUAGGUCUGCGUCACGUUGUCGGGGAAUAUCUGAGUCCAGAACCGAAGAUUGCCGCGCCAGUUCUGAACACACACACACACACGCACAGACACACAGAUAGGCAAAUGCGUCAACACAUGAGUGUGGGUGGGAUGGGAUGGUGAGGCUUCAGCUAGCUAGGUUGUGUUGCCUUAAGCCUUGCCUGGUUGUAGGUGUGUCCGAAGCAGAUGUUGCCGAAGGGCGAGCCGAAGCCGUACACGUCCUUGCCCUGAUAGAUGCGGUCAUCGCCGAUGUUCUCCGUCAUCAGCUGCAACACCUGCACACACCACACACAACACGACACAACACAAGGAGGCACUUCAUCCAUCCACACCGUACCGUACCCACACCCACACCCACACCCGCACAGAGAGAGGCUGGGCUGACCUCGAAUUCCUGCAGUUUGCCCCUGUUAGGUACGAGGUAGAGUGUCUUGACGUUGGCUCGGUCGCCCAUGCCGAUCUGCACGUCCCGCCUGGCCGUGCACUUGCCCAGGUAGGUGCCGUCGUGGGCGAACACCGACGGCCUCCCCCACCACACGCCCUCACCUAUCUCCUUCUGCCAACGAUCGGCUGCAUGCCAUGCACAAUGCAUUGAUGGAUGGGAUGGCAGCACACACACGCAGAGAGCACAAUGGAACGAACAGAUUAACUCGUGCCUCACUCCCUCACCGAGGCCGGUGUACCCCGCCGCCCAAUCGCGGACUUUAGGAUUGGCUGCCGAGAGGACAGACGAGGACUCGAUGCGCACCGCCACCUCAUCCCCAUCUCCUCUCUGUCUGGUGGGGAAGGCAUUCUCGUCAGAAACACCAGACGAUGGCUGGCGGGGCAGCGGAGGGAUGAAGCUGCUGCCUGCGGCUGCAUGCUUGGGCGGGCUGGACAAGCGGCCGUGCGGAGGGGCAGAUGAGGAGUGGCGCGAUGGUGAGAGAGCGCUGCAUGGCCUCGGCAGAUCAGGGAGCAGGAGCAGGAGAGAUGCGGCGAGCAGCGCCAAGAUCAAAGAGGCCGAGCCCAUCGUCUGGUGAUGACUUGCUCUCGCCUCUGCGGCCUUCACAAAUGCCCUGCAGCCUCUCGAAGCGCGCCGGUGAGGUCCGCAAUUCUGAGCGCGCAUCUUAU